AUGCACUGGCAGCCUCCGCUGCGUUUGACUGAAAGGCUGGCGUUUGAAAAGCAGCGAUGGGUGUCCAAAGAAGAGACUGCAACUGUCCGCGCGUUCGUGCGCGACCAACUGAGCGGAGAACCGGACCUCAGCACUCUAACUCUGGGAAUUCUGAAGAAGCGGUACCUCAAACAUGUGAAAUGUGACUCCUUAAGUCCAGAAGUCAAACAACUGUUGAAACAGGUUGUUGAAGAGGAGUUGCUGAAAAUGCAGGAGAGUGAGGGCAACAGCAGUGAAAGCAACGCGGAAAACAAGAAGCCGCAGAGCAAAAGGAAGAGAGAGGAGGAAGAUAAAGAUGAACUGUUGGAGGAGAAAGAAGAUAAAUCCAAAAAAAAAGAAAUCGCGAACAGAGCAUUCAAGGUCAUCGUCUGUGGCAAUGACUCUUCUGAUGAUGGUGAAGAAGAGGAAAAAGUUGAAGCGGAUAAGAAGAAGCCUGACACAGACUCAGAUUCAUCUUCAUCUCUACCUUCACUGGACGACGAGGAGCGGAACGGGUCCGGACAAACACAAGUUAGAAAGAAGAAAGGGGCAAAAAAAGAUGGUAGCAGUAAAAGUGAAAAAAGUGGUGACAGAGCAAUUAAUAGGCUCAAACGUUACAUCGCUCUCUGCGGCGUGAAGAAGAAUUACAAGAAGCUCCUGGAUGACUGCCGCUCCACCAAGUCAAAGGUGGCUGUUCUCAAGAAAGAGCUGGAAGAUCUGGGCGUUCACGGUGUGCCAUCUAUUAAGAAAUGUAAACGGGUCAAAAAGAAGCGGGAAGAGGCUCAGGAGCUGGCUGCUCUUGAUGUCAACAACAUCAUUACAACAAAAGGUCGACCGAAACGCAGAGGAGCAUGGCAGCAACAGCCGGACCCUCCACCGUCUGCAUAUCAGCGCUCUCUGAACUCUGACUCUGACAGCGAUCAGGACAGCAGUGCUCCGAAAGGACGCAAGAAACUAACAGCAUGGGCCAACCUGCAGGGAAUCAUCAGUGAUGAUGGAGACAGUGACUGAUGAGGACAAGUUCUGUUUAAACUGUACCAAGGCAAAAUCUUAAUUAAAGGGUUUUUUCUACUUUGUUGUUUACUAAAUAUGAGGGGAUUAAUAUUACUCCAGUGUGAUGAUAUGAUGAUUUUCUUGUACAUAUGUGAAUAGUUAUUUCAAAUAAAUAUAUUGUCAUGAAUUUCUUUGCAAUGAGGGAUGAUUUAAUU